AUGACUACCACUGAUAUUUAUUCAUUCUCUGUUAAAGAUGCUGAUUUGAAUGAAGUUUCCCUCUCCGAAUAUAAAGGAAAGGUUUUACUAAUUGUUAAUGUUGCUUCCAAGUGUGGAUUUACUAAACAAUAUGAUGAUUUACAAGAAGUGUACAACAAGUAUAAGGAGCAAGGAUUUGAAGUUUUGGCUUUCCCUUGCAAUCAAUUCGGAAGUCAAGAACCAGGAACCAAUGAAGAAAUUUGUACAUUUGCCAGAUCUAAAUUCAAGACAACUUUCAAGAUUUUCGAUAAGGUUGAAGUUAAUGGAUCAGGUACCAUUCCACUCUAUGCUUAUUUGAAGAAGGAAGGUUCUGGUUUCCUUGUUGAUGCUGUUAAAUGGAAUUUUACUAAAUUCCUCGUUUCAAAGAGUGGUAAAGUUUUGAAGAGAUAUUCUCCAACAACUAAUCCAAAGGAUUUGGAAGAUGAUAUUCAAAAAUUGUUAAAGGAAUAA